GUUCCAUUUUCAAUGUUGCUAAAAGUCAAGUCCCUACUUUAGCUUAAUUAUUAAUAUGUCUUCUUCUUCUACUACUUUCUAGUUUCCUUUUCUUUUUCCACCUGUUUGUGUUUAAAUUAAAAUUAAGUUGGUUUAAUUUUGAGUAAAGAUGGAAGGAGGAGUUGCUCAUGGAACAGAUACAACAGCUUUCAAAGAAUGUUUAGCACUUUCAUGGAAGAAUCCUUAUGUUCUUCGUCUUGCUUUCUCUGCUGGAAUUGGUGGCCUUCUAUUUGGCUAUGAUACUGGAGUAAUAUCAGGAGCUCUUCUUUACAUUAGAGAUGACUUCAAGGAUGUUGAUAGAAACACCGUCUUACAGGAAUCUAUAGUGAGCAUGGCAGUUGCAGGAGCAAUCAUAGGUGCAGCAAUUGGUGGUUGGCUUAAUGACAAAUUUGGGAGGAAAAGUGCUAUACUCAUUGCUGAUUUCCUCUUCUUUAUUGGAGCUGUGAUUAUGGCAUCAGCAAUGAAUUCAGCACUCCUCAUAGUUGGUAGGAUCUUUGUUGGACUUGGUGUUGGUAUGGCAUCAAUGACUGCUCCUUUAUACAUAUCAGAGGCUUCUCCUGCUAGGAUUAGAGGUGCCCUUGUUAGUACCAAUGGAUUUCUCAUCACUGGAGGACAAUUCUUGUCCUACCUUAUUAACUUUGCUUUCACCAAGGUACCAGACACCUGGAGAUGGAUGCUUGGAGUAGCAGGAUUGCCUGCCCUCCUUCAGUUCAUAUUAAUGUUUCUUCUUCCUGAAUCGCCUCGUUGGCUUUAUCGCAAGGGGAGGAAUGAGGAAGCCAAGACAAUACUAAGGAAGAUAUAUUCACCUGAGCAAGUUGAGAUGGAAAUUCAAGCUCUUAAAGAAUCAGUAGACAAAGAAAUUGAAGAAAACAAAGCAUCUGCAAACAUCAAUCUCUUCAAACUAUACCAGAAGAAAACAGUUCGCCGUGGACUAAUAGCUGGAAUUGGUCUCCAAAUAUUCCAACAAUUUGUGGGCAUAAACACUGUCAUGUAUUACAGCCCUACUAUAAUUCAGCUGGCUGGAAUUGCCUCGAACAGGACAGCGCUCCUUCUAUCACUUGUCACAGCCGGGCUAAACGCUUUUGGCUCAAUUGUGAGCAUAUAUUUUAUAGACAGGACUGGAAGGAAGAAGCUUCUUAUAAUCAGCUUGUGUGGUGUUGUGAUUUCUCUGGGGUUUCUAUCAGCAGUGUUCCAUGAGGCUACUUCAACUUCACCAGCAGUUAGUAUGGCUGAGACAUCUCACUUUGCAGCAAAUUUCACUUGUCCUGCUUACCAUGAUGCUGGUUCUGCUAGUUCUUGGGAUUGUACUAGGUGUCUUAAAGCUUCUCCUGGUUGUGGCUUUUGUGCUUCACCUCAAAAUAAGCUGCUACCUGGGGCAUGCCUCAUCUCCAAUGAUACUAUUAAGGAUGCUUGUCAUGAUCAAGAUAGGUUAUGGUACACAAGAGGUUGUCCAAGUAGAUAUGGAUGGCUAGCCCUACUCGGGCUAGCUUUGUACAUCAUUUUCUUCUCUCCAGGAAUGGGUACCGUUCCAUGGAUUGUUAACUCGGAGAUAUACCCUUUAAGAUUUCGAGGGCUUUGUGGAGGAAUAGCUGCAACAGCAAACUGGAUUUCAAACCUUAUUGUAGCACAAUCCUUUUUGUCAUUGACACAUGCCAUUGGAACAUCAUGGACAUUCCUUGUAUUUGGAGUUAUCUCUGUGAUAGCCAUGCUUUUUGUCUUGAUUUGUGUUCCAGAAACUAAGGGGCUUCCAAUUGAAGAAAUUGAGAAGGUUUUGGAGAGAAGAGGUUUACAUAUGAUGUUUUGGAAGAAAAGGGCUAAUGAGAAGAAUGGUGGAGAAAAUGAUACCAAGAAAGAAGGGGAAGGAGUUCCAUAGAUAGCUUUGAUUUGAAGAAUACUUCUAUUAGUUUAUAGUGUUUGAUAGGAUUUUACCAAAUCAUUGAAGAUAAGUAAUUAAUAUGAUAUAGAUAAUUAUAUGAAGUUGGAUCAUUGAUAAGAACUUUCUUCAAGGAAAUUUAUUAGGUUCAAGAGUUGCUUCUUACU